AUGGAUGGCGGAGGAAUGAGUGAAGGAUCCUUGGGUGAAGGAUCCAAGGUUGACAAAGACGAUGAUGAAGACGAAAGCUCUGAUGACGGGAUGCAUGUGCCACUGAUGAAGAGGUUGGGGGUGGAGGUGAGGAGAAUGCUGAAGUUGGGGGAGAAGAAGAAGGUGAUGGACAUGGAGUUGGAGGUGAGGAGAAUGCUGAAGUUGGGGGAGAAGAAGAAGGUGAUGGAAAUGAAGAGAAUCGGAGGUCGUGCCAUUGGCUAUACCCCAUUGCGGAGUUUUGUUGGUGAUCCAAGCACCAGUGUUGAUGUAAACCAAUUGUAUACAGCAGUCAGCAUCAGAGAGAUGAACGUACACAGGGUUGUAAGCGAGAUAAUUGGCCAAAGCUUGAGCACGACUUCAAUUUACACUUUGGCCCCAAUGAAAUACGUUGACAACAUGGUGGUGUUAUUUGCUUGUACGGUCUUUAUGUACUUUGAGAAAAGGUUGUGCGGUGUUGUUAAGAGGUUUCAUUUUAGUCCGUUAUACUCGCACCAUAUUCUUACAGAUUAUAGGAAACGUCCACAGAAUCGCCAUGUAUUCACGCUUCAUAACUAUAACACUUAUUUGCGUUCCGAUCAUUUUGGACUUGAAGAAUUACCCACGGCGGACUUUUUGUUUCUGCCAUUUGUCCACGAUGAUCAUUGGUGGUGUUAUUCAGUGAAAUUGAGGUCAAUGGAGAUUUUUGUGAUUGAUUCAUUGGGGAAGGGGAUCAGAGACCGCAAAAGGAUAGACACAGCCGUUGCUGAAAAUAUGGCACGGUUUUUUUGCAUCCUGAUGAAUAUACCGGAAGGUAGUAUUGGUCCUUUGACAGUUAAACAAGCAAAUAUCCCAUCCCAACCAAACUUACAUGAUUGUGGAGUAAUAAUGUUGAAAGCAAUGGAAAUCUGGGAUGGAGAUGAAAAAUACAACGGGAAAAGCAUGCCUGAAUAUACAACUGAGGAGCUGCUUGGGAUUAGAAAGAAAUAUGUGUGUGACUGGAUCCUGGACAAUGAGAACAUUAGCAGAAUGGAAGCCCUACAUCUAUACGGCAUUGUCUAGGAUUGCUAAGAAAUUAUCAAAUUUUGACAUGUAUAAGAUGUUCAAAUAUGUACCUAAUGUUAUUUGACAAUUUUGACAUGUAUAAGAUGUUCAAAUAUGUACCUAAUGUUAUUUGACAAUGUACAGUAUGUGUUUGUAAUAAGAAUAGU